GCCAAUAUUUUAACCAGGCUCAUAAACCAAUAGCUUAUGCUACAUCGGGAAUGGACUGGAAAUACAAGACUACGUUCGGUUUUUGUUUGCUAGGGACGAAGAAAAGCUAUUGUAAUGACAUGAAUGAGUUGAAAGAAGUUGAGUGAUCUCUCCAGUUGUUCUUAUUAUCUGAAUAAUCGAUCCCCAUCCCCAGUAUUCGUCAAACGCACCCCCAUCUGUGAAUAGAGGUAAGACACAUGCAUGCAUUUCUUCGUAUAGCAGAGCUCCGUUUCCGCCUCCGAUUUGCCUGUCAAUGGUUGCUCAUUGUGUGCUAGCUGCUUCACGUUGAAUGGACGAAAAUUGAAUUGAUAGGAGGAUUUCCUAAUAAGCUGUAGCCGGACAAUCAAGGAAAUCAAACAUUCGUGAUUACAGCAGAUAAUAAAAUGAAUCUUGGGGUGGAUAUGUGGUACAUUCUCAUCUCAUUGCUGUUCAUAUUUGACAAAGUGAAUUCGGCAAAUAUAGCUUUCUAUGGCGGGCCAGGAGUAGGCAGUCACUUCAGUUCAAUAGCUGCUAUUGGCGAGGAGUUGGUAGGGCGUGGCCACAACGUCACCGCCAUCAUAAGCGGUGAAGUAACAUCAGUACCAAACGAUGACAGAUACUCAAAACUCUUCAACUUUAUCAGAACAAAGCGCACCCCUUCAGAGGGGAAACUCAAAGAAAAGAUAGACUUUGUAGCCCGAGCCGCUGUCUCUGGUGAUUUUCUCGGAGAGUUCAGAAAGAAUAAAGAGGCGCUACAAGAAUAUUGGUUAAAUGACUGUGACGAUAUGCUGCAAGAUGAUAAUUUCAUUAAAAGCCUAACCGAAGCCAGCUUAGACAUUCUAAUCAUUGAUCCCGUCUUUGGAUGCCCGAAUCUUCUACCAGUAAUACUCAAGAAGCCCUUCAUCUUCUUCUUUCCAACUCAUCUUGAAGAACAUCUCGCUGAUGCUUUAGGUUCUCCUGUGAACGUUGCCAUACGACCGUCCUACUCGAGUAGUUUCCCGCUACGGAUGACGUUCUGGCAGCGUCUUCGCAAUGUUGUACGGGUAAAAGUCUUUCCUUCUUUUCUCACCAUGAGGAUGAAGAGCACUCAAGAUUACAUGGCUUUGCGGAACAUAUCUCCACAUUUAUCUCCCAUUGAUAUUUUCAACAAGGCGGACUUACUUCUUGUCAACAUGGAUUUUGCCGUCGAGUUUCCCUUUCCCAUCGCGCCGAAUGUCAUUCCGGUCGGUGGCGUCACAACCAAAACUGCCAAGCCGCUUGAACAAAACCUUGAGGAGUUUGUCCAAAGCUCUGGUGAAGAUGGUAUUAUCAUCUUUACCAUGGGUUCUUACGCAACCUACAUGAAGGAGGAGCUCAUUAAAGAGUUUAUAACGGCAUUCUCACGACUACCUCAAAAGGUGGUAUGGAAGACUAGUCGUACUUUCUCCGAAGAUAUCAACCAAUCCAAGUUCAAACCGAUGACGUGGAUGCCACAGAAUGACCUACUUGGUCACAACAAGACAAAGCUAAUCAUCUUUCAAGGAGGAAACAACGGGUUCUAUGAAGUCGUUCAUCAUGGUGUACCGUGCGUGGUCAUCCCCCUACUCGAGGAUCAGCACGACAUCGCUUCAAGGAUUAUUCACCACGGAAUGGGAACGAAUCUCGAUUACCACACUCUCAACGCUGACAAGAUCGAAGAGGCAGUCAGAACAGUGUUAGAUAAUACAAGUUACAAAGAGAACGCAGCAAGGAUAUCUUCCAUGUACAGACAUCGCACGAUGAGGCCCGUUGAGAAAGCAGCUUUCUGGGUUGAGCACGUGAUCCAACAUGGCGGCACUCAUCUUAAAUCUAUAGCGGGAGAAUUGCCCUGGUACCAAUACCAUCUGGUCGACGUUAUUGGUUUUCUCACCUUGUGCCUUUCUAUAAUAUUUAUCGUUUUCAUUUUCGUUUUAAAAAUAACGAUAAAAUCAAUAAGCAAUGUGUGGAGGAAAUAUCGACAUGUAAAUGCAAGGAAAGAUGAGUAGCGUAUAUAGGCAGGCAUAUUCCUAAGAUUUACCAGUUUUAUGAAAUGUUUGCAUGUUCAGCGAGAAGGUCUAUAACUCUGACCUAUCCACAACGCAUACAAUCCAGAAAUGAUCCAAUCAUUAUACAUUUAUUCCCCCCAAAACUAUGUCCUACAGGCCUAAUGACAAAACAUGCCAAAAGUAGUGAUAUAUUUUUAAGGAUUAAAAAUAACUUUAAUGCAUUACGUCUGAAGGUGCAGCAAUUAAUAAUACUUUUUAAUAAUUAGGUAAUAUUCUGUGUUGAUUGUAUAUAUCGCCUUUAUUGUAUCCCUGAAAGUGACGGUCGGGUCACAUGCCCCUUGCAAUGCCCAACCCCGGCAGAGUUAUAAGUAACAGUGUAACAGACCAGGACACUGGGAGUGAUUUUUUUAAUAAAACACAAACACACAAAAAAAAAGGGGGGGGGGGUCACUCCAUAAAGGAAGGUUAUUUUGGUUAAGAGAAAUUAGACGAGCAAAAAGAAAAAUAAUAAUAAAAAAAAAAUUAAUAUACAAAAUGUAGGUCAGUUUUGUUACAUUUCUCCAUUUUGUCACACUUUCCAAAUUUCCAGGGGGUGCUGCCUAUGCAGAAAUAUACACACAGCACCCCCAAUGAAAAAACAAUUGCACCCCUAUUUCUCAGGGCCAUGGAACAGCCCGACUAAGAGACUGGAGCCCGUUUAUAAAGAGUAACCACUUUGGUAACGUUGCCAUUACUAUGGGAAAUGGCUCAGCAACCAAUCACAAUCAAGGUUUUCAUGCUCGCUAUAUCCAAUUAUGGCAGGGUUAGUAUUCUAGAAAGUCAUGAAAUAGCCACUGAAAGUGAAUUAUGAAAUUGAAUCAACGGUUCUAAUGAGCAUCGAAUAUAUUUUGCUUUGCUUAAAAGUAGUUCCAAGAAAAUGCCUUUUUUAUUAUUGAAUCACGGUUUGUACCAUGAUUGAUCUCUUCAUUUCGUUCUGAAAUGGAGGCAAACGAGAUUUAAAAAAAUGAAUGAUGAAACAAAGCAAAAGUAUUUUGACAUUCUGAAAUAACUCGUUAUGUAGUGAAUUACUUUGUUUUUGGUACAUGUUUAGUGUUACUACCAUCUCUAAAGUAAUUUAAUAAAAAAAAAAACCUUUAUCUUGUUUGAUCACAAGGCUUAAAAUCAUUUUUUUUUUAUUUUAUGAAGCUUUAUAAUAAUUUGAACAGUCUAAAAUGCAUUAAAAAAUAUCAACACAAUGUACAACACAAUUACAUGACAUUAAAUGUUUAGAGAGAGGCUAAUUGAGAGAAAGUGUGUGUGUGGGGUGUGAGAUGAGUAUGGGUGUGUGUGUGUGAAAGAGAGAGAUCGAGAGAUCAGAGAGAGAGUGGGAUCGGGUGGGGGCUUGAAUUUUCAAUAUCUGACAGACAAGGAAAAAGAUAUAUAAGAACUCACAAAUUAUCAUGACCAGAUGCGACGGAUGUGAUAAAAAAUCAAAUCACAUGUUCAAGCAAUCAUGCAACUUAAAUAUAUUCAAUCAUUUGUCAGGUUUAAUGUAUAUUAUUUUAAAAGAAUAUAGCAGCAGUAGUAAUCUGUGAAAAGAAAAAUGAUCAAAUUCAUCAAAUUUAGAUAAAAAAAUAAACGACGAAACUUGUAACCAGGGUUAAGGGGAAUGUAUUAAUACGACUAAAGGGCAAACAGGGGAGGUACCUAUAUAGGGCGUUUUGAUGACCUGAAAAUGACGUCCUUCUAAAAAUAUUUAUUCUUUAUUUCAAUCUCCCCUUUUCUACUUAAUUUUCCCCGCUUUAAAUUUUACUUUUUUUCCCUUUAAGUCAUAAUACAGACAGUCGUCACACUGAAUCCUGGCCUAGUGAGUGUGAAGUCACCUAAAUGUUAUAUUUGUUAUAUUUUAUUUUGUAUUUCACUGACAUGUACUUGUACUUAUUUUGUCUAUGUAUCUAGCGCUUAGAAACGAUGCGUUUUAAGCGCUUUAUAUAUGUUUAUUAUUAUUAUUUUUGAAAUACCGGUAGCAAGACUGUAGAAAUGAUAAGAUAAGAACUUGGAAGUGAAAUAAGAAAAGUUCCUGUAGGAAAGUAAUGUUUUAAAUGCUUCAUUCGAUAUAGUAAUAAUUUAGAGUAUGAUGGCUAUUAAAAACCCUUAAGGGAUUUUCCAGGCUGGAAAUAUUUAUAUAUCAAUUAUUAGAGUAAUAUUCAGAAGGCAAAAUGCUGAAAAUCUGAUCAAAAUCGGAUAACAAAUAAAAAAGUUAUUAAAUUUUAAAGAUUUGCAUUAUUUUGGUGAAACAGUUCUAGGCACGUCUUCUUAAAUAUUUAUUAGGUGGGCUGAUGAUGUCAUAUCUUCACUUUUCUUUUGCAUUUUAUUAUAUGAAAUCAGGUUUAUUCAAACAUUUUCUACCAAGAACUAAAACAAUUGGAUUGGCAACAGAUUAAGUGCAUUAGAUGUUGAUUGCCUCAACUUAUUUCAUCAUAAUGGAGAUACAUUUAUGGAACAAUGAAACAAUAAUGAUUUCAUGUAAUUACAUAAGAAAAAGGAAAGUGGGAAUAUGACAUCAUCAGCCACUUAAUGAAUUAUCAUGACGAUUCACAAAAUAUUGAUAAACUUUAAAAUUCAAUAACUACGUUAUUUUGUUAUCCGAUUUUGAUAGAUUUUUCAGCAUUUUGCUUUGUUAAUUUUACUCUAUUUAUUUAGAUAUAAAUAUUUUCAGCCCGGACCAUCCCUUUAAAAAGAAACCAUUAAUAUGGACAAACAUUCACAUAAUCACAAAACUUUACCUCUCACAAAAACAGGGAAGGUUUUAUUUAUAAUGCAUAUCACGGCAAGAUUGAAUAAAGAUUGUCGACUAACUUUCCCACAAAAAUCAAUUUCGAACUUUUCACCAUGAAGUAAAUCAAAUUUACAUUGGUAACGGAAUCAUUGGUAUUUGUUCUAUUAUGAUACAAAGAAUCGCUGAACUCUUUGAUGAGAGUUAGUGCCUUUUUCUUUCCCUCCUCCAUGUGUAUGCCUAGAUGUGGCUAUUGGAAAGGGACUAUUCUCAUUUUUUUGCGAAACAAUUUACUUUAAAUGGUUUAUAUGCUGGUUUUAAACCAACAUUUUGUUAGCUUUGAUUUCGAGUUGUCUCUUUCCUCGUUUUUUUUUGGGAAGUGAUCGCUAUUGGUUCAGGGAAAAGUUUACUAACCUUGCAUGUAGUAUUUUGAGAAAGGUACAGACUGAUUUCCUCAUAACUGUAAAACGUUUGUAUACCUCAAUUUGUUUGAAUAACCUUGAUUUUCAGUGUUUAAUAUCACGACGGAAACAUACAAGUUAAGGCACCUAUCUCCUGCAAUACGCCAAUUCUUAGAAGCCAUUUAUAAUACAUGUUAAUUAGCCCGUGUAUACGUCAUCAGCGAAUUGUUGAUUAAAAUACAAUAGUCUGG